CUGCUGCUCCAUCCAGAGGGGCCGAACCGGGAGUCCUCUCCAUCCACGAACGCACAACCAGCGGCCCUCCUUCCUCCCUCGCUCAUUUGGAUCCGCGCCUCCGUUGAAAGAUGACGAGCAAAAACCGAUCGAAGAGCAGCGAGAAGAGCGCAGCGCCCAGCCAGGACGAUGCGCCCAAGAAGAGCCAAAAGAGCGGCGGCGGCGGCGCCACCAACGGGGUGAGUGGCCCCGGGCCCCAGGGGCCCCAGGGGCCCCGCUCAGGUAGCUGCCUCGGCCUUCUUGUGACCGCGGUGUUUUAUACCGCUAUGAUCGGGGCUGCGGGGUUUGCGGCGUUUUAUUUGCAACAAGUGGUGGAGGAAGUCCGCCAGAUCAACGCCGAGCAUGCGGAGAGCGCACGGCGCGGCGCAGAGCUGGGUACCAAAAUGGAGAGCGUCGUUCAACAGGUGGAGUCUCUGCGAAGCAACGUGGACGGGCUGGAGUCGUCGCUGGGCAUCACACGGGUGGAGCUGGAGGCGGCCAUGAGCCGCAUGAAGCGGGGCGAGGUGGAGACCAGGCGGGUGGAGGAGGCGCUUCAGAAGCUCCAGAAUGACCUACUCAGGGACCUCUCAGCGGGCAUCAGGGAAGUCAAGGAGGCUCGAGAGGAGGACUUCUCCUCUCUGGAGAAAACCGUGGAGGAGCGCUUGGCUGAGGUGAGCCAGUCCAUCUCAGCCAGCGUGGCCGAGUUCGCCGAGGGCCAGGGAGAGGCGCAGCGUCAGCUCGCCGAGCUCAAAGCCCGCCUGGGCGACACCGCCGACCCGUCGCUCAUCAAACAGGAGCUCUCCGCCAUCGUUGACGCCGUGGCAGAAAUGAAAACGGACAGAGAGGCGGCAGACGCCACUUCUGACUCCCUCAGUAAGCAGAUAGGGGCCGUGAGGGAGGAGCUCCAGACCCGCACCCAGGAGGUCACCUCCGUGUUCCAGGAGGUGGAAUCCACGAGGUCGGCGUUUCAGGACACCGCCAGGAGCCUGAAGGAGUCCCUGUCUGCGGCGCAGGCUGGGCUGCAGGCCCUGGCGGCCCAAACGGCGACCCUGCAGGACGGCUUGGAGCAGGUCGCUGACGCGGCGCGCAGCGCGGAGGAGAGGGCGAAGGCGGCAGCGGCGCAGGCUCAGAAAAGAGCGGAGGAUCUAGAGACCAGGGUUACGCUGUCGGAGGACAGAGGCGACUCGCUGUCUGCGUCGCUGUCGGACAUCAGCGUCAAGGUGGAGUCUCUGCUCGCCAAGUACGACGGGCACGAGAGCAGUGUGUCGGCCCAGGGCGAGGCCGUGGAGAGAGUCAAACGCGACCUGAAGCAGGAGCUGGAGGCCCUACGAAGCAGCAUGGAGGAGCGGAGAGGAGAGCCGACCCAAGCCGCCUCCGAGGGCUCCGGCUCUCUGCGGGCGGAGCUGGAGAGCUUAAGAACGGCGGUGGAAGAAGUGGCGAGCAAAGCGGCGACGCUAGACAGCCACGAGCGGACCAUCCGCAGUCUGCAGGAGGCCACCCAGACGCUGGCCGGUUCACCGGGAGGCAGGCGAGACGAAGGACAGAGCGGCCUGCAGGAGCUGCAGGAGAAACUGGCUGCUGUGAGCGAAGCCCAGAGCGAGUUGACCGCAAAGGACUCGGGCGUGGAUCAGCACCUGGAGGAGCUGGAGAGGAGACUGACUGCUCUGGAGGACAGGAUGUAGAGACGCUGUGCCGCCACGAGGCGUUCGCUGCCUCUCAGGAGAGGCAGACAUUCACAACGUCACACCGCAACAUCAAAACAGGAGACAGCACUCCACUUUUUUUUUUUACUGCUUUGAUGAUUUAUUUUCCUGAAGUAGAUGUCUGAUGUCUCGAUGUUGCACAUCUGGCUAGAACAAUAAAAGGAGGGGCUGCUGAUCUGUGAGGUCCAACGCCUGCAGGCAUUCUGUCCUGUUUCACCUCUGAUGUUUGUUUUUCUUAGAUCGUUUUUUACUGUUUUUAAAACCUCCAGUUGCAGAAAGAAGAUUUUUUUAAGCACUUGUUUUCACUCUUUUU